AUGGCUAUCAGGAGUCAGGAAGGGACGAUUGGGAUUGUAGGGGAGGAAACACCGUUGCUGAGGGAUCAGGCGAGCAAUUUGGUUGGAGAUGAUGGUAGUUCGGAGACCUUGACGGAUGCGCAGCGGAGGGGCGAUGAGGAGGAGAUUGUUGACGUGGAUAAAGCGAACCAGCAAGUUGGCAAGGCGAGAGGAGCGUUGAUUAUAUUUAGCUUGUGGGGACUGAUCUUUUUGCAAGCUUCCAACAUGUCCGGAAUUACGACAACACAAUCGAAAAUCGCUGAAGAUCUGGAUGCUUUUGCAGAAGCUAUAUGGUUUGCUUCUGUAUACCUGAUCGCCAUGUCCAGCACAUCCCCUCUCGCAGCACGUCUAGCUCAGAUCUUUUCACCCAGAAACUGUGUCUUUGCAGCAUCCAUUUUCUUCGCAAUUGGCGGUGUGGUUACUUCUCAGGCACGGAAUUUGCAGAUGUUUCUUCUUGGGAGAGCAAUCCAGGGAAUUGGCGGUGCGGGUAUCAUGACUGUGUCGUUUAUUUUAGUGCUCGAAUUGACUGGGAAGAAGCGGAGAGGGUUAUUUAUUGGACUUGUAAAUGCUGGCUUCACUACUGGUGUGUCUGUUGGAGCAGUCGUGGCCGGUGCCUUGUUGCCAGUUACUGGAUGGCGGUUCUUGUUCUGGAUCCAGAGCCCAAUGUCUGUUGUUUUCGGAACUGGAAUAUUCUUCGGCAUCCCGGGAUCUUUUACUUCUGGACAUGCGGGAUCUGGAGAAGGUUCUAUUUUGCAAAAGCUUGGUAGAAUAGACUAUCUUGGCGCUUGCACUCUCACGACAACUCUUUGCCUCUUCCUCUACGGACUCUCCUCGCCAGUCAUCCAGUGGGUUCCUAUCGUUGCCUCGGUUUUCUUGCUCGUAGCAUUCAUCCUCAUCGAACUCUACGUGGUAUCUGAACCCAUCAUUCCCGUCACUGUCUUGAAAUCCCGCGGCGCUCUUCUCUCCUGCGUCGCUCAACUCGGCAUCAUGGCCGCGCGAUGGAUGGUCCUCUUCUACACACCCGCCUAUGCCAUCGCAGUCCGAGGAUGGUCUCCCGCAUCAGCAGGCUCGAUUCUCAUUCCUACUAAUCUAGGAUUCGCAAUCGGUGGGAUCAGUGUAGGUGGGUUGCACAUUCGCCGUGCGGGAAGUUUCUGGCUACCAAGCAUCAUCACGUAUUUUCUUUUCGCUUGUACACUUAUUACUCUGUCACAGAUCGCCAAUCCGGCGACCCCUGCGCCACUCUUUCUGUUGAACGUCUUCAUAAAUGGGAUUUGUGUUGGUGCUGCUCUUGCGUACACGCUCGCUCAUCUCCUCCAUCUGACGCCGACGGAAACGCAUUUCAUUUCCACCUCCCUCCUGACUACCUUCCGUGGUUUCGCAGGCUCAUUCGGUUCCGCUAUAGGCGGUGGAUACUUCGUUCGUGUUCUCAAAGCGACGCUCGAGAAGGGCUACGAGGAGAACGGUGGACUAAAGGGGAGGGAGGAUUUGGUGAGGAGAUUGCUAGGAAGUCCAGCGAUGGUGCAGACUCUCAAGGGAGUGGAGAGGAGGAUUGCGGUUGGAGGGUAUGUUGGGGGAUUGAAGCAACUUUAUGUAGCUGGUGCAGGGUUGGCUCUCAUUAUGGUGUUGGUGCAGGCUGCUACGGGUUGGCAAGGAGCUGAGGAAAGGAAGGCAGUUGAGGAGACUGACCAGCUUAUUGGGGUUGAGGAUGAGGAGUGGGAAGAGGGUAUGGAGCAGGGUGUCUGA